GGGUGAAUCAAAAGAGUUUCACAUAUUUCAAACAAAAUUAGUUUUGUUUCAACAAUCGCCGCAGGCCAUCUUCUUCCUCUCGUCUGAGCUCUCCGAUCUUCCUCUCCGUCAUCUUCUUCCAACAAUCGCACCAUCUUCACCGCCGGAGUUCAGAGUUCAGACGAGACUCGAGAGACGACUUCAAUAACCUCAGGGUCGGCAGUCAGCACCAUCCCAGGUGUAAAAAGUGUACGUGAAGGAAGUACUGCUAAACACUGAAUUGCAGAACUUUCAGAUGCAUGGCGUGAGUCGCCGGCUGCAUUGUGCUGUUAAGGCAGGUCAUCACACCUUAUUUCUGUCCAUGAUGUUAAACGCAUCGCCGCCUCUGUGCAAAUCCCUAAUUUCUCACUCCGUCCUUUUCUCUUCAGACAGCUCAGUUCACGGUUCAAGUUCGCCUUUUUCUGAUGUAAAGUUUGAUUUUAUAGAACAGUUUUCCCCCGUGCCGAACACAGGAGGUUAUAAUGUGAUUACUUUGAAUGAGAGGCGUAUAAUCCUUGUAGGGCUGUCGAAAAUGAUAAAAACAGAAAAUGCUGAUUAUUUGAAUGCAUUUUCCAACCAGUUUUGCCCACAUUGUGUUGUAGAAAUAAUGAAAUCAUUCCAUGACCGCAAAGUUGCACUUGCUCUCUUCAAAUAUGUGUUUCAAGAUUAUUCAGAGCGAAUGGUGCAAUCAGGUUGCAUAGCUGCCCUUUUGCUGGAUGCGAUGAAACUGAGAUUAAUGUCACAAGACAUGCUUUCAUGGAUUAUUAAAAGGAUUGGAGAAUGCAGAGGAGAUGAAGUCGUGGAGUUCAUGUGCAGAGAAUAUUAUUUUUAUGCCUCAAAUUAUUUUUCGGUACUUGAUUCAUUGAUGCGAGCUUUUUUGUGUUCUGAAAUGAUUUCUGGAGCUUUGAAGGUUUUGUGUAUUAUGAGGGAGGCUAAAAUGCAGCCAAGUUUGUCAGCAGUAAGUAUUCUAUUUAAAUUGUUGUUUAGGUUUGAUCAUCAUCGCAGUGUGUGGAUGUUAUUUCGUGAUAUGCUUCACAAAGGUCCUUGUCCUAAUACCUAUGUAUAUAACGUGAUGAUCCUUGGGUUUUGUAAAAGAGGGUACCUUCAAGUUGGAGAGAGUCUGUUACAUUUAAUGAGAAAGUUUGGGUGUGAACAAGACACAAUAACAUACAACAUUUUGAUUAAUGCAUAUUGUAUGAAGGGUUGGACAUCAGAUGCAUUGAAUUGGGUGCAUGUGAUGAUUGAACAUGGGUGUAAGCCUAAUGACAUUACUUUCGGUACCAUCAUCAAUGCAUUGUGUAAAGAGGGAAGCAUUGCCGAAGCAAGGAGGAUCUUUGAUGAAAUGCAAGAAUUUGGUGUUUAUGCAAGCACCGAAACAUAUAACAUUUUGAUGGAUGGUUAUGUUAAAGCAAGGGAAGUUGAUAAAGCCGAUUCCCUUUAUAAGGAAAUGAUAAAGAAUGGAAUUUCUCCAGAUGGUAUAACUUUCAAUGUCUUGGUGGCAGGUUACUACAAGUAUGGGAGGGAAGAGAACACAGACAAAUUGUUAAGAGAUUUAAUUACAAGGGAAGUAAUUCCAGAUUGUUCGUUGACUGAUGUGACCAUUGCAGGAUUGUGUUGGGCCGAAAGGUUGGAUGAGGCCGUAGAGCUGUUGCAUAAUAUUCUUGAGAUGGGGAUACCUCUUAGUGUAAUUUCUUUUAAUUCCAUAAUUGCUGCGUAUAGCAAAUUGGGGUUAGGAGAAAAUGCAUUUGGUAUUUAUAAUAUUAUGGUAAAGUUUGGUCAGAAUCCUUCGGCCUCCACAUGUGCCUCUCUACUUAUGUGCUUGUGCACAACAGGGAGUCUUCACGAAGCUAAGGAACUGAUGAGUAAGAUGAUUUCAAUGAACUUCCCUAUCAACAGAGUCUCUUUUACUUUGCUUUUAGAUGGGUAUUUCAAGAAGGGAGACACAGAUAGUGCCCUUUUUUUGUGGGAAGAAAUGGGAAGGAUAGGGAUGACUCCUGAUGUUGUUGCUUUUUCUGCGUUUAUAGACGGACUAUGUAAAACCGGAUUUGUUGGAGAAGCUUAUGAGAAGUUCCUAGAAAUGAAAAGGAAGGAGCUUGUGCCCAAUAAUUUUGUAUAUAACUCUCUAAUUGCUGCUUUUUGUAAGAGUGGAGGACUGAAUGAAGCUUUGAUGUUGGAGAAGGAGAUGAGAGAGAAGGGCCUUUUCCCGGAUGUGUUUACAAUUAACAUAAUUCUUAAAGGGUUAUGCAUGCAGGGAAGGAUGCAGUCAGCUAUAGAUACUUACAUCAAGAUGCAACAGAGUGGAGUAAAACCUGACACUGUUACUUACAACACUUUGAUUAAUGGAUUCAUUAAAGCAUUUGACAUGGCUAGUGUGGAUAACUUGGUGAGUAAAAUGUUUGCUACGGGAUGGGAACCAGAUAUUACUACCUAUAAUAUAAGGCUUCAUGGUUUUUGUACUAGUAAGAAGAUAAAUCGGGCGGUUAUGAUGCUGAAUGAACUUGUCUCAGCAGGAAUAGUUCCAAAUACAGUUACAUACAACAUUUUGAUGAAUGGUGCUUGUAAUGAUGUACUAGACCGUGCUAUGAUUUUGGCUGCAAAGUUGCUAAAGAUGGCAUUUAUCCCUAAUACUGUCACAGCUAACUUACUACUGUCACAGCUUUGCAAGCAAGGGCUACCAGAGAGGGCUGUGAUGUGGGGCCAUAAGUUGAGCCAGAUUGGCAUCGAGUUUGACGAGAUAACAUAUACAAUAUUGGACAGAGCAUCAACUUCUUAUGAUAAAACAAGACAAUACGCUGAUUAUUCUAAAGGAAUGACAGAAAAGAGUAUAUUUGUAGAUAUUCUUAUGUACAUAACCUGUGACUAUUUGGGUAGAAUGAGGGCCCAUUCUGAUAGCACUCAUUAUUCUGUUGAAUUUGUUCAUGGACCAGAUGGGUCCUUGGAGCUGGUGAACAGGGUAAGUUUGUAAUAGUGUCAAAGUUCUGAGAAUCAAAGGUGGGCAACUUUUUUGAGAUCCAACCAAAAUAUAUUCUUGGUUCAAAAGGAAAAAAGGGGUCAUACCCUUUGAGAAGGAUGGUGCACCCUGCCGCAAGCUAUAUACUAGUGCCAACAACAAAUGGUGGGAGGUACUAGUGGGCUGCAUUGUGUCAUUAUCUGAUUUUCUGCUAGGCCCUAUUGUUUGGAAGGCCCUGAGUGGAUCUUUGCCAAACCAAGCUCCCGAUUAUUUCUGACAUGGAGUUAUACUUCGAGCCAGGGAAGAUAAAGAAUGACUUGAGUUUCACCAGAUCUUCAGAGGGAGCUUGACGGCGUGGCAUGAUAUGGGUCAGUGCAAAUGUGCAUCAUGCUGCUUUUUAUAUAGGUAGCCGUGGAAAGCCCUUUCGCACCAGGCAGAGGCAAGUCUAAAAAUAUGUUUUACAAAGAGGAAUUGAAACUACUUGCCCUAAUUGACGAGCUCUUGCUGAAAACAUCUAAGAUCCCGGGUUGCAUACCACUGAACGUUCGAAUGCAAAGAAUCAGCAAACCUAAGAUCCAAUGACACCGCCAGGCAUGUAGCAUGGAAACAACUUUUCUUGAAAUCUUGAAUUAAAUUUCAAAUUUUCUUAUGCUCUAUAAAAAGCAUGAAUUAUAAUGUGGGUAAAACUUAGUUUGAUUAUGAGCAUUAGAUUAUUCAUUAAAUAGUGUAACAGUGCAAGAAAAAAAGAAGUAUCAUAUCAAAACCUCUCUCUCUCUCUGAAAUCCCAUUAUUCAUUCGAAGUGGAAAGCACUAACAGCAAGCUAGCUACAUAAGGGAUCCAUCGGUGAACGGUUAUAGCGGUGGCGGGUACCGACACCCGGCAAAGAAGGGUUGUUGCGGUGGUGGCAAAUUGAAUCUCGUUGCUCUAGUUUUCGCCACCGUACCCCACUUAUAACGUAAGCAGAGUACUCGCUU